GACAAUAGAAAUGGAAUUAAUCGAGUUUCCGUCUGCUUUAUCUUUUUUUGAAUUUUAGGUUGGUAUUCUUCUUGUCCGAAAUGAACUCUGAGAUGACUCUCGAUUGCGAUUGGUCGAUUUACUUUUAUUUUUCUUACGUUUCUUCGUGCGUCCUUAUCGUGUUUGCGCGCUAAAAUUUGCAAUUUUUAAAGAUACGAAUUUAUGCAAAUUUGCCGGCAGUAUGUACAAUGGACACGAAUAUCUGUCGUGCAUCAAAAUCCCUGCUACGAAGCAAGUCACAACAAAAGAUAUGCACAAGACCGAGAAGGCAGAAAUGGGUUUCGCAGCAAAUCAUCGUGAUUUAAUUUUGACUGCCAAUAAAGUUUUUGGAGAGAACAAAUGGAGUCAUACUGUUGUCAGUCAAACUUUAGAUUUUAUCGAGGUUAUUGGUGCGAAAUGCUGCACUGGAUGUGUCAGUACUGUCAAGGUCCAGCUCGACAAUGGAUGUUUCCACGAAGAUAUUGGUUAUUUCAUUGCAGAAGAAUCAACUAAGGGAUUGUCAAUACAUAAUGCUAGAGUUGGUUCUGCUAUAAAUGCCUUAAAAAGGGUUCUGUUAUCAUUUGGAAAUAAAAUCGAAAGGGAGUUACGACACUUGCAAAAACGAAUCGAUCCUGAACAAACUAAUGACUUACAAAAGAACACGUUGCCAUUACCAGCUAAGUCGAUUCAAGAAAAAUCAAGUAUUUCAGUUAAAGUACCUAUAACUUCUCCUAUGCCACAGACAGAGUGUACUAGUCUAGAACCAAAGAAAGAUUCUGAUCUUUCAAUAAUGAAAGAGCCUAAUCUGAUAUCCACUGCAAACAAUGCUACGACUGAGUCUAAUCCAUUAUCAUCUGCAAAAAUUCAAAAUAUUAAAACUGAUGAAUCCUCAUCAAAUGACAAAACAAAUUCUAUAAAUGAAGAAAAGCCAAAACAAGAGUUGUCUGCAAGUGAGAAACAACGAAUGGAGAGAAAAAGAAAACAAAUGGAAAAGCAAAUGGAAUUUAAAAGACGUAUGAUGGAAAAAGAAGGGCUAUUAUCUACCAGUGAUAACAAGCCUAAUCCUAGAUAUUAAUAAGCUUAUUAAUAUUACAGAAGAAUAUUUAUCAUGUGUAGAAAUUAUACUCAUUAUUAAGGUUAGCACAAUAUCAGUAUUAUAAUCUAUUUUUUUAUCAAACCAAAUAUUAUAAAUAAAUAUUGCUUAUGUAUACUGCGACGUAUAAAUAAAGCGAUAGAAAUAUUUUUGAUACUAUUGAUUAGGAUGGCUCUAACAUAGCCUAAGUUACACGUGUAGCAUAUGAAAGAUAGGUUAGAAAUUUUAUAUGGAAGAUGUAAAUCAGGAGCCAGUUAUAUAUUUCAGAUAUGUUUCUAAAUAAAUAUAUUUUGUGUUUGAUUUUA